GCUGCUUACAAUGCUAUAAUCAGUCAAUGGCCGGCCGCUGGAUGUGCGAGGAAGCAAAUCGACAAAAGCACUUAUUGGAAAAAUAAGUUGGCGAAAAAGUAAGGCGUGCAGAAAGGAAUUGUACAACAAAGUGGCAGGAGCAUAGGAGCGUGUAGCUAUUUUUGCUCUCGGUGCGGUAAUCCAAACACAGUAUCGUUUGGACCGGCAAUCAGCGUGGACACGCACAAUUUCAACAAAUAAAAUAUUAUCAAGCACAAAUCUAAUAUGCUCACUAAAGUCUUCCGUAUGGUGAUGCUGGGCGCACCUGCCUCAGGUAAGGGUACGAUCUCGAAGCGUAUUGUCGACAAAUUCGGUUUCGUGCACAUCUCACCCGGCGACAUGUUGCGACUGAAUGUGGCACACAACACUGAGCUGGGUAAGAAGGCGAAGAAAUUCAUGGACGAGGGCAAACUGGUGCCCGAUGAUAUUGUGAUGAAAUGUGUACUCAGUCGCAUUACUGAAGUGGGCAACAAAUCGUGGAUGCUCGAUGGAUUUCCACGUACGUUGGCGCAAGCGGAACGUUUGAGCGCAAGUGAACCGUUACAUGCGGUUAUUAAUUUAGAAGUGCCACACGAUGUGAUCAUCGAACGUGUGAAAGGACGUUGGAUUCACUUGCCGUCCGGACGCGUUUACAAUGUGGGCUUCAAUGAUCCCAAAGUGCCGGGUAAGGACGACAUGACCGGCGAGGAUUUGGUGCAACGCGACGACGAUAAGCCCGAAGUGGUGGCGCAUCGCCUGCAAGUGUACGAGGAGAUGUUACGGCCAGUGUUUGACUAUUAUCAGAAACAAGACUUGAUCACCAAUUUCAAAGGACGCACUACCGCUGAAAUAUGGCCGCAAGUGGAGAAAUUUUUAGUGGAGAAAACGAGAUCGGCAGUUGCGAAGCGGGUUUAAGGCUGUGAGACGUUACAAAAAACGUGCAGAAUAUGUUUAUGCGAGUAUUGUAGUCGUGCACAAAAGCCACUUAACUUGACUUAAAACGCAUUGGAACCAAGAACAAUAAUUGUAAACGUUAAUUAACGAUAUAUACACACAUAUAUUUAAUACAUAUGUAUAUACUAAUAACCUUAUGUAUUUAAAAGUUUUAUGCUGCUCUUUAGGCACCGAAAACUUAUGUAGUUUUACAUACAUAAUUGUAUAUGUAAUUUUUUUUAUAAACUAAUUUGUAUGAGUAUACGUUUUUCGUGUGAAUAGAAAUUGUAAACGCUAGUUAAACAAACGGAACAAUAAUUUAAUGAAAUCAAAAUGUAAAAAUAGUUUUAAAUAAAAAUAUGCUUAAAUGUAA